AUGGAUGACUGCACCUAUGCAGAUCUUCGUCUUCAAGUCAACAGGCGUAAUGCCUUCUCUUCAACCUGGAUCAAGGUAAUCAACUCAAUAACCCGUCCUUUUAUCAGUACUAGGACACGUCUAAAAGUUGGUCACAAAAUUAAGGAUGUUCAAGAGAAGCUUAACCAAAUUUCUUCAGACCGUCAAACGUUACAUUUGCGUGAAUCUAUUCAUGACAAAUUUACUAGUCGUUGGUGUGAAACCAUAUCUCUUUCUAGUUGUAAUAAAGUAUAUGGGAGAGAUAUGGAGAAGAAAAAGAUUAUUGAUAUUCUUGUCAAUAAUACAUCUGGUGCUUGUGCCGAUAAAAAACUAUCUGUUCUACCCAUUGUUGGAAUUGGGGGUCUUGGUAAAACAACACUUGCCCAAACGGUCUUCAACGAUGAGAAGAUUGCUAAGCAUUUUGAAACCAAAAUCUGGGUUUGUGUUUCUGAUGAAUUUGAUAUUCAAUUGGUGAUGAAAGCCAUCUUAGAAGAAAAGGCGGAAGCACGCUCAGAAGAAUUGCAGAAAAAAGUUAGAGAAAAAUUGAGCGGGAAAAGAUAUUUAAUUGUAUUGGAUGAUGUUUGGAAUGAAAACCUUGAGGCAUGGGAACAGUUGAGAUCUAUCUUGGACUGUGGAUCAAAUGGUGCGUUUGUCCUUACCACGACACGGAAAAGAAAUGUGGCAACAAUUAUGCAAACAAUUCAACAUAUUCAGAUGUCAUUGCUCUCUGACAAGGAUUGUUGGCUGCUCUUUGAAGAGCGUGCAUUUAUGUGUGGGACACCCAAAACUCCAAACUUUGUUGAUAUUGGAAAAGAAAUAGCUAAAAAAUGUAAAGGAGUUCCCUUAGUUGCCAAGACAUUUGGAGGACAAUUGGGCUUUAAAAGUGAUAUAAAUGAAUGGAGUAAAAUAAGAGAUAAUGAGAUAUGGGAGACUCAAAAUGAAGAAUCUGAUCUCUUGCCUAUUCUACGGUUGAGUUACUAUGAACUCCCUUAUCAUUUGAGAAGAUGCUUUGUGUUUUGUGCUAUAUUUCCGAAGGAUGCUAAAAUUGAAAAGGAGAGAUUAAUCCAAUUGUGGAUGGCUCAUGGUUUAAUUUCUACAGUUAAAAACCAAGAAGUGGAAGAUAUUGGGAAUACAAUUUGGAAAGAGUUGUGUUGGAUAUCCUUUUUUCAAGACGAGGAAUCAGAUCGGGAUGGAAUAUACGAAACAUGUAAGAUGCAUGAUCUUAUGCACGAUCUUGCCCAAUCUGUUAUGAAAGAUGAAUGUUAUAGGUUGGAUGCUAACAGCUCAAAUGAUGGUUUAAAACGAGAAAUUCAUCAUGUAACGGCAAUGUUUGAUGAAUUUGUCAAAAUAUCAGCUCAUUCUCUUAAGAAAAUUGGAGGGUUGCAAACACUAAUGUUCAAUGACAGUAAAAAGGUCAUAGAGCAUAUUUCUUUCUGUGUCUUGAUCAAGGAACUUCCGACUUUACGCGUCCUUGAAAUGAGGUACUCUGCGCAAUAUCAAGAUUUUCAUUACUUGGGAUGUCUAAAACAUCUGAGAUAUUUAGACAUUUCCGGUAAUAAUGAGAUAAAUACAUUACCGGAUAGUAUUUGUGAUCUCUUGAACUUACAGACUUUGAAACUCAAUGAGUGUUCUAGUCUUAAAAGUUUGCCUAGAAAUACGAAAGACCUUAUUAGUCUGCGACAUCUUUAUUUGAAGGGUUGUUCUAGAUUAAAAUAUAUGCCUAGAGGGAUGGGGCAAUUGAAACAUCUGAAGACGUUAAGCCGAUUUGUGAUAGGCAUGAAGGAGAGAGACUGUCAACUAGAUGAAUUAAAAGAAUUGGAUAUCUGCGGAUCAUUGACAAUUAAGAAUCUUGGGAGAGUUAGUGAUGCAACUAUUACAAGAGGGGUAAGUAUGGCUAAAAAGACGAGUAUCAAGAAGCUUGAGUUGUUAUGGAGAUCUAAUGAUGAAGUUGAUGAUAAUGAGAGCAAGAGUACUAGAGAUGAGAAAAUUGGUGAAGCUCUAGAGGUUUCAACGAUGCUGAAAACAUUGAUGAUGAAUGGUUACAAAGGUGCGAAUCUCCCAAAAUUGGUGUCUCCUAUUAUUCCUAGUGCCGGAGUAUUCCCUAAUCUAUCCAAUAUGAUGAUAUCUGAUUGCCCAAAGCUAGGGAGAUUGCCGCCCCAUCUCAAAGCACUCAAAUAUGUAUCUGUUGAUGGUGAAUGUUCGGAUGAGUUGUUAUAUAGCCUCUCAAAUCUUAGUGCUCUCACUCAUCUCGUUCUUGGUCGUAUGGAAAAAAGAAGUGUUUUAUUUGGAGCUGGUUAUAUACCUUCAUCAUCGUCGUCAACCCUUGCGGACAAUAAUAAUAAUAAUGAAGCACAAUUAGGAGGAGUACGUUCAACAUUCCAAUCUCUUCAAUCUCUGGAAAUUAAGUGGUGCGAGAAGUUAAGGCGUUUGUUUGAUGAGGGAAUGAAAGAGAUAUCAAAGAUUAGUGGCUGCCAGAACAAACACUUCAUCAACUCUCUCACGGAAUUGAAGAUCUGGGGAUGUCCGGAGUUGAUGAUAUCAGUUGAGGAAUUUGUUGGAAACCUCAAUAUUAUUAAUAAUAAUUCACUACAGAGAUUGAGUAUCCUGGGUUGUCCUAAGUUGGUGUCUUCAGAAGAUGCGGACGAUUUUAUGGCACUCCUGCGUUCUCUUCGAGCAAGACUUGGUCCUGAGAAGUUCAAUGUAGAUAUUCUAUUGGGAGAGGAAUAG